GCUCCCCGACAGCGGUACUUUCGGUCUCUCUCGCCCUAAAACCUUGUUCCAGCAGUUCGGUGGCCGCGUUCGCGAGGGCUUCUGACCCGGGGAGUCCUUCAGAGAAGUCCCUUUCCGGCAGCGAGCCUAACGCGCGCGGACCGACGGUGGCCCGCACCUUGCAGGGUCACGGCCUCGUGUUUGCAGGAAUGAAUGUUCACGCCCAGUGGUUUCCCAGAAGCAGCAUGCAAGAUCCUUCGAGAAAAGCGUUUCUUUGCAGCAGUGUGCUCUGCGCAGGACUCGGGCCCCUGGUGUAUUACCUCAUACAAAAAGGGUUCACCAGGACCGAGUACUACCAGAUGGCGCUGGAGCAGCUGCACAACCACCCCGAGGCGCUGGAAGCACUGGGCGCGCCCCUCCAGGUGCACCACCUGCCGGUGCUCAGCAGGGACCACCUCGUGGACAUCGUCGAAGCCCGGCUGAAGAUUCCUGUCUCCGGGCCCAAGGCAAAGGGCCAUCUCCUCACCCAGUCUACCAGAAGCGCCCCCUUUCAGAGGUGGAACCUUCAGGAGGUCGUCCUGGAGCUCAGCGAUGGGCAGCGGAUCCCUGUGUUCACGCACAGCAAGGAGGGGAAGUGAACGGAAGGCUCUGCACUCCUCCUGCCGACCUUCAAGCGUGCCGCUUCUCCAGCAGCCAGUGGGGUGACUGCUGAAGCGAGGUGGUUCCCAUGUGCUGACGUGACCACCCCAAAUGCCACUGUGGUUCAUUUAAUUCAACCACAAGGAAACUUACAAUAAAGGUUUAUAUUUUUUCAGAAGUGCUCCUUAUACAAAAGCAAAGCACAAGAUAAAAUAAACCCCUAUCAGUAAUACAA